GAUAGCAGGGAAAAGGCAGUGGAGCGAGUGGGCAAAAAAACUGCAGUGUGUGAGUGUGUGUAGUUUUCCUCGUUCCCCUGAGCAGAUCCUUAUCAGUUUGGGUACUCCAGUCUUGGGGCACAAUUGAAUGGGUGUAGAGUUUGCAGAGGACAGAGUGAAGUGUCUUGGAGUCUGCAGAGGAAGGGAAGAGCUCGGUGUCCAGAAGAGCAUCCAGCACAAACGGUUUUCUGACUGACAGCCCUCAUUGUGAUCCAGCCACCUUUCGACAUUCAAGAAUUUGGCUGGACGGUGCGUGCAGCCUAAAUGGGUUGGAAGGCGCUAGGCGGGCAACAGACAGCACCCAUGGUUGCAGCCAAGCCAACGGGGGCAGCUGAGUUGAUCGCUACUCCGGCCCCAGUCGCUUUAGUCUCCACUGAAAACGGCACCGAAGCAGUCAACAAGAACGAUGCCUUCGAUGAGAUCAAAAACAAGUUCCUGAAUGAAAUAGACAAGAUCCCACUGCCGUCUUGGGCUAUUAUUGCCAUCGCUGUGGUCGCCGCUUUACUCAUCCUUACAUGCUGCUUCUGCAUCAUCAAGAAAUGCUGUUGCAAGAAGAAGAAGAACAAGAAGGGCAAGAAGGGGAAAGGUGAAAUGGGAAUGAAGAACCUGAAAGGGGGAGAGAAACUACAGGAUGAUGAUGAUGAAGAAGAGGACGUGGAACCAGGACUUACUGGAGAUGAGAAAGAGGAAGAAGUGAAAGAGAAGGAAAAGCUUGGGAAGCUGCAAUACUCCAUCGAUUAUGAUUUCCAGGAAAACAAGCUGACUGUGGGAAUCCUGCAAGCAGCCGAUCUCCUCUCCAUGGACAGUGGUGGCACCUCAGACCCCUACGUCAAAGUCUUUGUACUUCCUGACAAGAAGAAAAAGUUUGACACAAAGGUUCACAAGAAAACACUCAAUCCCGUGUUCAAUGAGACUUUCAUUUUCAAGAUCCCAUUCGCAGAGAUGGGAGGGAAGUCUCUUGUAAUGUCCGUCUACGACUUUGAUCGUUUCUCGAAACACGAUGUCAUUGGAGAGAUAAAGAUACCCAUGAACACCCUGGACCUGGCGAAGCCAAUCGAAGAGUGGAAAGACCUGGACAGUGCAGAUCAAGAGGAGCCGGAGAAGCUGGGUGACAUUUGCAUCUCCCUGCGUUAUGUCCCCACCGCUGGCAAACUCACCAUCUGCAUCCUGGAGGCUAAGAACCUGAAGAAAAUGGACGUGGGUGGCCUGUCAGAUCCGUACGUGAAGAUCAACCUUCUGCAGAAUGGAAAGAGGCUGAAGAAGAAGAAGACCACUGUGAAGAAGAACACUUUGAAUCCUUACUACAAUGAAUCCUUCAGCUUUGAGAUUCCUCUUGAGCAAAUGCAGAAAAUCCAUGCUGUGAUCACGGUGUUGGAUUACGACAAGAUUGGCAAGAACGACGCCAUUGGGAAGAUCUGGGUGGGAACCAAGUCCACGGGGCUCGGGCUGAAACACUGGUCCGACAUGCUGGCGAACCCCCGCCGCCCCAUCGCCCAGUGGCAUCCGCUGCAGCCCGAGGAGGAGGUGGACGCCGCCCUCGCGGCCAUGAAUGCCAAGAAGUAAACUCCCACCACCCCACACCUACCCACCCCAUGCAUUUCCUGUCAUUCCCCCAAAUCCUACAUAUCGGUGUAUAUUCCCGAAGAACACCCCAUCUGCUCCCUAGAGCACCUUCCUCUCCCACUGCCACCUUUCGAAAGAUCCAUAGAAACCAUUUGACAUGAUGGGAAAUGUAGUGAAAAAAGUAUUAUGUUCUGUUAAAACAUGUCACUGAGAGAAGAAGACAAGUUAAUGAAUGGACAGAUACUCAAUUAAUUUCCUUCAGAUCUAUUUUUGUAUUGGGGUUGUUGUUCCAUUAAUAAGAAAGCAACGUAGACGACCAAGAACAGUAGGAGUGCUACAUGGGAAUCUGAUGAUAGACGGGGUAAAACAUCCUUUCACCCAUAUUGUACUUCUCACCUUUUCCCUUUAGCGACACAGUUUGCUUAGACUAGUGCUUAUUAAAUAAAAUGCUUUAUACUGCCAUAUAAUAGAGGAAUAACACAAGCAGGUCCAUUCCAUAGGUGUUUUAUGCACCAUGCCCCACACCUGCCAGUUAUCAUACUCGAUGAUUCUGUUAGUUUAAAGUACAUUCCUUAAGUGGGGUAGCCAAGUAGGGAUAGCCACAUAUCCAGUUACCCACAAACACACUGCCUUUAUGAUUCGUUAACCUUCCACCCAUCGUCUCAGGAACUCUGAGAGGAAGCUCAAACUUCAUGCCUUUUUUUCCGAAACGGGUUGUUUUUAUUCAGAUACGCCACUGGAUGAUAAAGCAAUGUUGCAUUCCUAGUGUUGGCUUUUGGAUGACCCGAGGCUCGCGGCCCGUUGUUAGUGUAUCCAUGAGACGGUGUGACUGGGAGAGGGAGGGGAUGGUGCAUUUUCAGUGAAAAAAAAGGGGUGUUUAUGUAUUUAAUUGAGCAAAAAAAAAAAAGAAAAAGAAAAAAAAAAGCUGCAUCCGUCAUCUGAACAACAGAAAGUGUGGAAAUAUCAGAGUGUGUACAACAGAGGCUGAUUCCAACCACCACUGACAUAAUAUUUAUAAGGUGUCGAUAACUGCCUGCCGUCUAACGCCUCCCCUCCCAACGCCUCUGAAUCUCUGUCUCACCUGUUCAGUGCUACUGCCAUUAGUCAUGGACUUGACAUAAGGGUUUUUACUUCAAAGGAAUCCCUAUAACCGUCUUACAGUCAUAAAGGAGACAAGCCUUCCAAGAAACAAAAUAAGCAAUUUUCAACUACCAGGGACGCCUUCCAGUUAAUGGUGUUGUUCUCUUCGUUUCUCUUCGUUCUUUGUUUUUCUUUUUUUUUCUUUUAUAUAUUUAGCUUAAACAUUUGAAUUCCUUAAGCACUUUAAAUAGAUAUGUUUUGUUCAAGCAUGCUCAAAAAUUUAGCUUUAAUAAUUUAUGUUGAGAAUAACUGCUGGGUUUUUUUUAAGAGCAAGGGAGUGCAAAGGCUUCUUUUUGUUGUUUUUAAUCUUUGCUUCUUCUUUUUGUUCAUUUUUUUGGCUUAUGGAUAUGUGUUUUAAUGGUUUGGGUAUUACAUUUCUCACUUGGUUGCAGAGAUCUGGUCUGGAAGAAGGCACUGAUCCGUGUGUAUGUUAUACACAGCUUACCAAACUGUUGAACAUAAUUGCACUACUGUGGUAAUUUGACACUGUUGUUUGAUCCGUGUGGUUUUAUUUGUGAUAAAAUGUUGUGAAACUGAAAUUUUUCUGUGGGACAUGCGGACGAGUCUCCUCUUAGAAAUUGACGGUGGAUUCUUCACAGAAUGCAUCUGCUCGAGUAUAAAGAGCCAAAGACUUUUAGUCUUUAGACAUUUUAGUAAAGCUGAAUAAUGAUUUACUGAUGAGCACAGAUGAAGUAUAACUGCAGCAGUGCGGGCACGUCUAUAAAUUUCCAUCACGUGAAUAAAUGCUUUUAAUUUUCUGCUGUCGAAAACUCUUCUGGAGUGUUCGGCCGUUUUGGUGUCCAGCUGCGGGAACCGCAAACCUCAACUCUGCUGACCUCUUUGGCCACAUUUCUCUCAGAUCAAGAAAUCGAGUACAUUUGAGGCCAAUUAAAGUACAUUUUACACAAUUUUCAGCUUUUGCUACGAGUGCUGCUACGAGUCAGUGGAGAUUUUAAUUUAUUUUUUAUUUUUUUGUUGAACCAAAAACGUACGAGCUUAUCUUUGGCUCUCUAUAUUUGUAAAUUAGCAUUCUGUUGAAGAGAAACUUUUAAGGACGGACACUUUGGCUUGCCAACAAAAUCCAAACUGACCAAAGUUCAUCAGCCCUUGACAAAUUGAUGACGACUCACUUGUUAUUUAAAGGUCAGGUGUGCGUUGUGUUUUGACCCCAGUGUGCUUCCUUGCUGGUUUUGCUACUCAUAAAAAAACUGAAAUGCUUAAGAGAGCAACUACCAGUUGACUGUGUACAAUAUGAAGCAAAUGCAUAGAACCUCUUAGGCAUUAGCACCAUUUUUUGUGUUUUUCUAUUCAAGAAUUUGAAAAAUGUGUAUUUUUCUGUUGAAAAAAUCUUUUUCAGUAAUUAUUGGAAAACGUUUUUGUUUGUCACCUUACAUCAGUUUUCCUUUCCUGUUCUGUUGGUAAAGCAACACUAAAGAAAAGGCAACAUGGAAGCAAUCAGCAACCCUUCGGUGUGUAGUUUUGCUUAUAUACAUAGUUCAUAUACGUUGAUUCUGCAUGUUUAUACAAAAUACUGUACAUAAGAGCAUGUUUUAGAGACAAAGCAAAAAUAUCUCGUGUACGUAAAUGGUUGUAAUUUGCCAUUUUAAUAACACAACAAAGGGGAAAAAAAUGCACUGUAUAUUUUCUAAAUAGAACAAAGUGUGUAUUUAUUUUCCAUGAGGGUCAUUGGAGAGAAUGUCGUACAAAUGUUAGGUUACUAUUAGUAAUAAGAAACUUUCCACGCCUGAAAUCCUAAAGCAAGUGUGUCGUCCAGUACCGUGUGUGAGUUCAUGUAGGAUGAAAAUGUAGCCGCAUGCUUGCUAUCUAAAUUCCCUGUGCUCAAAUUCUUUUAUUCGAUAAUAUUUAUUUGCCAAUUAUUUUGAUUGCGGGUCAAUUUUUGUCUUGUUUUUUUUUUUCCUUACUGUUUUGUUUCUUAUACAAAAAAAAGGAAGCAUAUUUUAAGUUUUUAAUGUUUAGUAUGGGGGAUGUCCAAGUCUGUACAACAACUAUUUUAUAAUGGCAGAUUUUACUCCGACGUAGGUCAUUAGAAUAAAAGAUUGGAGAAUUCUUUAAUUCGUAGGUGGAUUUGAGGCGUUAUUUGUGCCAGCACUGAACAAGUAUAAAGUCUGAUGAUUCAUAUCUUUAUAUAAACUGCUGCUCCAGGGGCCAGAAGAUGAAUAAUCCCCUUUCUAUCGACACAAAUGACUUGGAAUCCCUUAAUUUCUCUUCCUUUACUCAGAAGGUUACUUUUCUCCUUUAUUCGACUGACUUGAAAAACUUCAUGGCUGUGUCUCUUUUACUGUAUUUAUUAUACAAUAUGUGUACGUGUAAGCAAAAUAAAUUAAUAAGAUACCACUGAAAGCCAUAAAACUCAAGCACUAACUCUUUAGAGCUCAGAUGAGUAGCUAGAGUUUAUUUAUGAAGAAAAAAAAAAUCAGAAGUCUUCAUUUUCUGUGGCCAAUGUUUCACUUACAUUCCUUUCAGAGGUCUUUGUUCAUCAAGAGGGCAAACUCUAUUCUACUGUAAAUGUGAGCUUUGAGAACGGCUGUGAGUUUAGUAGAGUGAGUGUGUCUUUUUCUACUUUCAGAGCUGUUGAUGUCCUUGUUUCAUUGAGGUAGCUGAUUUUACAGUAUUGUGAUUAGUAAUGUAUAUUCCUUGUUUUGAUAGUAUAACCAAUAAUAGAUAUCACAAUAGGUUCUCAGUAAUAAUGCUAAAAUGAUAUAUAUAUAUGAGAGUAUGUUCUAUUCUUGGGCUGAGUGCAAUUUAUGAACCAAACUGGGUCACUCCUCUAGUUUCUCUUCUUCCAGUUUUGCAGAAGAAUGUACUCGUACAAUCAGAAACACACUACAGGUGGUUUGAGGCUCAUUGUGAUUUUUGUCAUUUUUUUUAAAGCAGAUUUCUCAAGCAACAAAUGCUACAUCAAAAAUGAGAGAAACUUAGCACAGUGCAACCCAAGGUUUUAGCCUGACUCCCUCCCAUUGAACUAUGCAUAUAAUUAUGAUUAUCACGGCAUUGUGGCACAAACAUUUGGAAACAGAAAUAUGUUGUUCACAAUGCACGUGAAACAAAUUUAAAGAACCCUCUUCUCAUUUUGGUAAAUUUGCUUUCUUGCCAAGAGUUGUACAUGAUGACUCAGCAAAAAAAUGAAAAAAAUGUCCCUUUGUUUCUUGCAUCUUGUCACAUCGUGAUGCUUUAUGAGAACUUGCAGGGCCUGAAUGCAGAACAUUUAUGGAAGAGUAAAGUAAUCAUGAGGCAUCAUCUGUGGCUUAGUGGACUAACAUUUAGAGGCCUUAUUUUCAGUAUUUGCAAGUGGAUGUGAAGUAUAAGAGACAGGCCUGAGAGUUAAUACGAGGAGAUUUUGCAUGUCCAGGCGAUAAAUCACCUGUGACUCAUAAUAGCCUCAAGAAUGCGCAGAUUAAAAAAAUUAAAAGCAUGACUUGUUACAUCGAAAAAAUCCCCCAGAGCAGUUGUCAUGAAGGAAAAACCUUUACUACUAUCAUAACCGAACAUGAGGAAACAUGAAAGGUGGAAUGUGAUAGUAAAUGUUCUGAUAUGUGUAUUUCGCAUUUCUAAAAAUAACUUGCAUUUAAAAUAAAAUAUAUAACAAUGACCUUUUGCCUGUUAAUAGGCUCCAGCAGACUCUCUUUACCCUGAAUGGGAAUGAAAUAGUUAAAGAUUUUGGAUGGAAGAAUCAGUAUAUACAUCGGAAUUUAUUCAUAAAGCAUUUUUCAUACAACCAAAUUACUGACUGACAAAAAUAGUGCUUUCCAAGAUUAAAUCAGAAACAACAGAAGUAGUAAUAAAAAACAA